GUAUAAAAACCGAGGAAUCGAUGAUUUGAAGCAUUCAGAGUCAUCUUCUCAUAGCACGUUCACCAUGAAGACAUUCCUAAUUUCAUUGUUAUUCGUCUCCGCUUUCGCCGUUGAUGUGUCGGAGAAAAAACAUGACAAACGUGCUUCUGUACACGGAGGAUCAUCGAUAUAUGGUCAUAGCAAUUACAACCUCCAUGGUGACGUUGGGUUCCAUGGAUCCGGACGUGGCUAUGGGCAUGGAUAUGGACACGGAUAUGGACACGGGUACGGAGGAAUUGGACCUGAAAUCGAUUUUGGAAGACCCCAUGGUUACAGACCAAGUUUCGGCAUCGGUGUGGAACACGGAUCCUUACACCAUGUACCCAGAAUCAUCGUGAGUCGCGUGGUUCCAGUUGCAAUUUCCAUACCUCAACUGGUUCCCAUAACACGCUCAGUCCCCGUACCGGUGCCGCAUCCCGUACCCGUUGAAGUGAAGCAUCCUGUCCCUGUCCCAGUACCCCAACCGGUUCCAUUCGUCGUCACCAAAGCCUAUCCCGUUAACGUACCCCGUCCGGUUCCAGUGCCGGUAUCUCAUGCCGUACCUGUACCACACCCGGUGCCGCACCCGGUCCCAGUUCCGCAUCCGGUUCCGAUUCCAAUUCGCUCACCCUCAAUUUCAAUCUCGCAAUCCAUACCAGUUAACUCUGAUCCAUAUCCGCUGCUCGCUAGACCAAUCUCUCAACCUAUCAUAUCAACCGGUCCUCAAUCCGGGUCCUUAAUACGACCAAUCGCUCCCAUUGGGAUUGGAUCUGUCGAUGCGGCAGGAACCGGCACAAUAUUAGAAAAUGGACAUAAUUCUGGAUUUGCCAUUUCUGGCGUACACGGUGGUAAUAAUUUCGGCUCCCCCAUAGACUCGGGAUUUCCCGUGAGCGUGGACCCCGGCAGCGAGGGAUACUCUUAUCCGGUACCAGCGAAGAAAUUCUUUUAAGCAAAGCACUCGAAAGAAUCUGUUACAGGCGACAUCUCCGAUUUGCACGCCGAUGCGAUACAUCUACCGUCUUCGAGACCUUGGAUAUAUGGCACGCGGCGGCUCGAGUCACGCCAUACCCAUUUAUCCCGCGUUUCACUUGAUAUUUAUGGAUUCGCAUACUGCGGAAGGUCUUCGUGAGUCGUGCCCUCGAUUAAAAUUCCACCUAAAACCACAAAAACAAAAGAGAUCAAAGUAUAUAAAUAUAUUAGCAUUUACUUUCACGUUUUCGACAGUGACAAGGCAAAGAGAAAGUGUUACAUUUUGAAAACGUGAAAGUAAUAUUAUGCAGAAUCCAAGAAGAUGAAUAAUCAUACGAGCGCGCGAGAAGUAAGAAAUAUGACGAUCUAUUCGAUAUUUCCUGUUACCGAAAUCUCACGUAGGCAGAAGAAAAUUGCUAACAAUUCUUUCAAGAUGUAUCGUUUGCACGUUUACAAUAGGAUCGUAUUCUAAGCAUGAUAUACAAUCAAUCUAUAACUAUUUAUUUAUCUCUUUUAUGAAGAUAUAAAAAAUACCUCCAUCGUGUGCCAUAGACAUUCAGAUAAUUAUGAAUA